GCAUGGCCGAAUUCUUAAAUCUUUUUUUCUCAUUCAAAUUCAUGUUUUUAACAAAAAUAUCAUUCGGAAUUAGUGAAUAGACGUAUAAAAUUAAUAUACUUACUCAAUAAACUGCACAAAUGUAUCCAUGGACGUGUUGUAGGACUUGUUUAGGCUUAGAAAGUUUGAAUCCAAUUUUUCCUGAGUUUGGUAAAAAACACAAAUAUUCGGAGGCUGUGUUCGCUGCUACUGGUUUGAUGGUGGACCCAAAUGACUACCUGCCUCAGCAAAUGUGUUCAACGUGCAUUGCGUUCAUAAACGAAUCAAAAGAGUUCCGUAAAAAAGCAAUAGAAUCCCACAAAGAGCUCCUCAAACGUCUGCAAAGCUGUUCCAAUGACAAUAAAUUGGUUUUGGAGUACGAACCAGAAAAAAAGCCAUUGAAAAUAGAAAUCGUAAGCGAGAAUCCGAUUAAUAUUAAUGAUGACUGGAACGAUAAGUUUUCAGAUGACGACGAUAUUCCGUUGGACCAUUUCAAGUCUGUUAAAAAGUUUGAGGCCGAUUCAUCUGAUGAUCACAAACAAAUCACAGUUAAAUCUAACGGGGAAAAUAAAUUAAAUUCCACACAAGAUUCUGUAUUAAACGCCCCAGACAUCGUAAAUGAAGGAAACAAAGUCGGUGAAACCACAGAAAAAAAGACGGUUAAAAGAAAACCUAGAAGUAAAAAGACAGAUAAAGAAGACAAAAGUACAGUCAAGACGGAAAGAGUGAAGGAAAGAAUAGAAUGUGAAUAUUGCCAUAAGAUAUUAACAUCCAAAUUGUCAGUUAGAAACCAUUAUAAGAUACACACAGGUUUUGAUGUAGUGUGUGAGCACUGCGGCAAGAAGUUCAUAACUCGUCGUCUGCUGCUGAUGCACUGUCGAGCCAAACACGGCUAUGAGAAGGUUGACAAGUGUUCGUAUUGUGACUAUAGAGGCUCCAACGCAGAGCAAGUCAAGAUACACGAGCGUCUGCAUACUGGCGAGAAACCGUACAAGUGCGGGGAAUGCGACGACGCCUUCCACAGAAAGAGCAGCUACCUGCAACACAUCGCUACGCACUUGAAGGAGAAAACCGUACAGUGCACCGAAUGCCCCUCCCGCUUCAAAUCGGUUACUUUAAUGCGCAUCCACCGCGCUCGUCAUAAGCCUUCCCAACACGCCUUCCGCUGCGAGUUGUGCGGUAAGAGCUUCGCGCGCCGCCGCAACGCAGCGCGCCACGUGUAUAGGGCACACCGCGCGCAAGGACACGUCGCGAGGUACAAGAACAAUUGCGGGAUCUCUACGUAAAGGUUGGUUGAGUUACAGAGAAAAUAUUGUCACUUUUUGAGCCAUAGGGUCGGUUUGUUGCGAUUUAAGGUCAUUAUGACGCAAUUUAGACACUUGAUUGCGUCAUUUUGUGACUUUGUCGCGUCAUAUGGACACUUAAUUGCGUCACUUUGUGACUUUGUCGCGUCACAUGGUCACUUUGUCGCGGCAUAUGGUCACUUUUGUGUCAUGUUUACUUUAUCGCAUCAUAUGGUCACUUUUUGUAUCUUAUGGGAAAUUGUUUUGCGUCUUGUGGGCACUUUUGAGUCAUGUGGUCACUUUAUCACACACUUCGUCACAGAGCCAUCAUUAGCCACUUUUAGUGCCGUAUUGUCACUUUUUUGCGUCACACUGUCAUCAUUAGACACUCGGUCAUCAUUAGUCACUUUAAGCCAUCCCGUCUAGGACACGUCAUUUAGACACUUACACGGUUAUGGCCUCCAAAAGACAUUUGGUUCCUCAUAUUUGACAAAAAAGUCCACUAUAAAUGCCUUAGCACUUGCAUUCUCGCCCCUCUCCCGCUUCAAAUCGGUCACUUUAAUGCGCAUCCACCGCGCUCGGCACAAACCUUCGCAACACGCCUUCCGCUGCGAGUUGUGCGGUAAGAGCUUCGCGCGUCGCCGCAACGCAGCGCGCCACGUGUACAGAGCGCACCGUGCCCAGGGACACCUCGCGAGGUACAAGAACAAUACAGGGAUCUCUACGUGAAGGUUUGGAGAAAAUACGGUAAUUUUUUGAGCCAAAAAGACACUGAGACAUUUUGUGACUUUGUCGCGUCAUAUGGUCACUUUUGUGUCAUAUGUUUACUUUAUCGCAUCAUAUGGUCACUUUUUGUGUCUUAUGGGAAAUUGUUUUGCGUCUUGUGGGCACUUUUGAGUCAUAUGGUCACUUUUUCACACACUUCGUCACAGAGCCAUCAUUUGCCACUUUUAGUGCCGUAUUGUCACUUUUUUGCGUCACACUGUCAUCAUUAGACACUCGGUCAUCAUUAGUUACUUUAAGCCAUCCCGUCUAGGACACGUCAUUUAGACACUUACACGGUUAUGGCCUCCAAAAGACAUUUGGUUCCUCAUAUUUGACAAAAAAGUCCACUAUAAAUGCCUUAGCACUUGCAUUCUCGCCCCUCUCCCGCUUCAAAUCGGUCACUUUAAUGCGCAUCCACCGCGCUCGGCACAAACCUUCGCAACACGCCUUCCGCUGCGAGUUGUGCGGUAAGAGCUUCGCGCGUCGCCGCAACGCAGCGCGCCACGUGUAUAGGGCACACCGCGCGCAAGGACACGUCGCGAGGUACAAGAACAAUACAGGGAUCUCUACGUGAAGGUUUGGAAAGAAUACGGUCACUUUUGAGCCAAAAAGACACUUCAUUACGUCGUUUUGUGACUGUCGCGUCAUAUGGACACUUUUGUGUCAUUUGGUUACUGUAUCGCGUCAUAUGGUCACUUUGUUGCGUUAUAUGGUCACUUUGUUGCGUUAUAUGGUCACUUUGUCGCGUCACAUGGUCACUUUGUCGCGUCAUAUGGGUCACUUUUGCGUCAAUAUGUCACUUUUUGCGUCUUAUGGUAACUUUUUGUGUCAUAUGGUCACCUUAAUGCGUCUUAUGGUGACUUUAUAGUGUAUUAUGGUAAUUUUGUCGAGUCAUAUGUUAUCUUAUGGUCAUUGUGACGUCAUUUAUUGACUUUAUUGCGUCAUUUGGUCUCUUGGUUGCGUCAUAGUCACUUUUUUGCGUCAUUAAAGUCAUCGUUAAUCAUUUUGAACCAUGCGGCUGCUAGGACACGUCAUUUAGACACUUAGAUGGUCAUGGCCUC